CAAUUAUUUCGCUCAGGCAUUUAAAAUGAUGAGAGAAGUGGAGACAGAAACUAGACAACUUGCAUCAGCAAACGGAAUAGCACCUCCACAUGUUCGACUUUUGUUUACUAAUCCUGAUGGUUUUGAUAUCAGGCGCUACAAUGUCCCCUCAUCCAAUGAAGUAUGUGCUGUGCUGACACUGAAUGCUGAUCAAAGCAUUCCAGCUAAUGAAAUGGUUGUACAUCAGCGAGGCAAAGAAAUAGUUACUUUAAAGAACACAGACAAACGAACAGAGCCCUUCACAUAUCCAUUAUUUUAUCCUAAAGGCACCUUUGGAUAUUCUGUGGAUCUAAAGCUACAACAGCCUUAUCCCAGUCGGCAGCAUCUAACAAGACUGGAAAUGGCACAAUACCGUAUUGCUUAUCGCAAAGGACUCACCAAAAAUCUCCCACUUGAAAAAGAUCGAAGCGAUCUUGAUCUACGUGAAACACAAUUCAACGCACUACAUUUUGGUGGCCGACUGUUUCAGCAGUAUCUGGUUGACACAUUUAUUAGAGUCGAACGCGAUCGCAUCCAGUGGAUCAAGUCCAACCAAAAGAAGAUUCUGGCUGAAAAAUACAUAGGAGUGUCUAACUUUCUUAAAGAACUGGCUGAAAAGAAAGAUGCUGUUGUUAGUGAAACCAUCAUUUUACCAUCCUCCUUCCCAGGCUCAACACGAUACUAUGCUGAACAAUUUGAAGACGCCAUGGCUAUAGUACGACGCUUCGGUUCACCAGACUUCUUUAUAACCAUGACAUGUAAUCCGGAAUGGCCUGAAAUAAAAGAAGCUGCCCGUAUUGUUACCGAGGAAGGGUUUGUUAUUCAGCAGCGAGCUCAAGAUCGUCCUGAUCUCGUUGCGAGAGUAGCAAAGCUGAAGUUUGAAACCAUUAUUGAGGAAUUGUACAAGAAACAAAUCUUUGGGAAAGUAGCAGCCUAUGUUUAUACUAUUGAAUUUCAAAAGCGUGGUCUCCCUCACAUGCAUCUUUUACUAAUUAUGAGAUCGGAAGACAAAGUGCACAAUCCUGAUGAGCUAGAUGAUUUAAUUUCUGCUGAGAUCCCAGACAACACAGAUCCUGAGUUGCGAGAACUGGUAUUGAAAUGGAUGAUCCAUAAUCCUUGCGGUGAACAUGACUUAUAUGCGUCAUGCAUGAAAAACCACAAUGGAAAAAUUCACUGCCGUUUCGAUUUCCCCAAACCUUUUCAAGAAACAACAUCACUGGUUGACGACGAAAAACCAAAAUUAAGACGUCGGUAUGAUUCCAGACUGGACCAGCAGAGCCCUGAAUUUUCUCACGAACUAGCUGUCUACCGAAAAGACAAGUCUGGUAGAAGAAUAACCAGAGACAACCGCCACGUGGCUCCUUACAAUGCAUAUUUGCUGAAACUUUUCAAUUGCCACAUAAACGUUGAAUUUGUUGGAAGCAUUAGAGCAGUGAAAUAUUUAUACAAAUAUAUUUACAAAGGACAUGACUGCGCCUAUAUUAAAAUUGUGGAGGAGCAAAAAAGAAUAAAUUAUAAUGAACCAGACACAUACAUUGAAGGGCGGUGCAUCACACCACCGGAGGCUUGCUGGCGUUUAUCUGGAAAUGAACUCCAAAAGAAGAGCCAUGUAGUGCAACGUCUUGACAUUCAUCUUCCUGGUCACUACCGAAUGUCAGACAUUGUGAAUGUGCAAGAAGAUCUGGCGGAUACUGGCAUUAAGGGAUCCACAUUGGAGUCUUAUUUCAAAACCAAUGCUACCAAGAAGCAAAAAGAAGAAGCUAACCGCCUUGCUGGAAAAGAUGAAGAAAUUAUUUACCAUUUUUAUUGGCAGAUGCCCGAGCAUUUUAAAUGGAUAGGAAGGCAAAGUGAAUGGGUUGAGAGGCUUCGACAAAUCAAUGUUAUUGGUCGUAUCCACAGCGUUAAUUUUGUUGCCCAGCCAGAGUUAUACCAUCUCAGGAUGCUUUUGUACCACGUCAAUGACGCUACAAGUUUUGACGAACUUCUUAAAUUUAAUGGUAUCAGGCAUGCCACGUUCAAGCAAGCGUGUCUGGCUCGAGGGCUUGCCUAUGAUGACCAACAGUGGAUCGAUGGUCUGCAGGAAUCGGCUAUGUCAAAAACGCCUAGAGCCAUGAGAACACUAUUUACACAGAUUUUAAUAUUUGGAUCUCCAGAAAAUCCAAAAAGACUUUGGGAAAUGUUCAAAGCAGAUCUGGCUGAAGAUUUUCUUCUAGAAAUAGGACACACAGGUGGCCGAGUGGAAGACGCGAUAAAUCAUACCUAUCGAAUUAUCGCCUCCAAAUUAAAUACCGAAGCCACAGAAGGCAGAGAUUUUCAGUACUGGGUCAACACCUUUGGCAUGGACAACAUUGACUUUGUCAAUAACCAUUUAAAUGUGGAUAUGCUUAACAACGACAGCUCAAUACUGGAAGGGGAACGGUUGUAUGGACUCCUGAGAGGGAAACAGCUUGACAUAGUGAAUACCAUUCUCGAUGCUGUCACAAGUCAUAACUCUGGACCAAGAUGUUUUUUUAUUGAUGGACCUGGAGGUACUGGAAAAACGUUUGUGUACAAGACUAUUUAUCACAUUCUUCGGGGUCGAAAUUUCAAUGUGAAAUGUAUGGCAUUUACAGGAAUAGCAUCAAUUCUUUUGCCUAAUGGACGCACCUCACACAAAACAUUUGGCCUCAGUGUGCCCCUUACACCUGAAUCAGUUUCAAACAUAAAGCUAGGAUCAAUGAAAGCUGCUCAGUUAGCGGAAGUUGAUGUAUUUUUAAUGGAUGAGGCCCCAAUGCUGCCAAAAUACGGACUUUCUACCAUAGACCAGCUACUAAGAGCAAUCGGCAAUGCAAAAGAGCCUUUUGGAGGAAAAACAAUAGUUUUGGGGGGCGACUUCCGGCAAUGUCUUCCAAUUCAGCCACGAGCUAACAGAAGUGAGCUUUUAGACGUAUCCCUUAAAAAGAGUGACUUAUGGAGACAUUUUAAAAUAUCUCGAUUAACCAGAAAUAUGAGAGUUGAUGAAGAAGAGACGGAUUUUGCCGAGUUUCUUUUAAGGAUUGGAGACGGUGAAGUACCAUUGAAUGAUAUGGGUGAAAUAGCUCUGCCACAAGAUGUCAUCUCAAAAACCAACAUUAUUGACGAAGUUUAUGGGGAUUGUUUGGCAGAUAAAAGUUACGAAAACAUGAAAGACAGGGCAAUUUUGGCUCCCCUAAACAAAGAUGUCAAUUUAAUCAAUUGUGAGCUUAUAGACAGAUUACCUGGAGAGGAAAAAGUCUAUUUUAGCUUUGAUUCAAUCAAGGAUAUGUCAGAAGGUACACUUCAAUUUACCACAGAAUUUUUAAAUUCCAUAGACAUCGCUGAUCUGCCUCCACACAAACUAAAACUAAAAAAAAACACAAUUAUCAUGCUACUUAGGAACUUGGAUGUUUCAGAAGGACUCUGUAAUGGGACGAGGCUCAUUGUCACUGAACUGUGUAACAACAUAAUUAUUGCUAAGAUUCUAACUGGCGAACAUUUUGGAAAGGCAGUUCAUAUUCCCAGAAUCACUCUAGAUUCCAGUAAGGGGAAACUUGGAUGCACAAUGCAGCGCCAUCAAUUUCCUGUGACCCCUGCUUUCGCCAUGACAGUCCACAAAUCACAAGGUCAAACAUUCCAGUUUGUUGGAGUUGAUCUCAGAGUCCCAGUCUUUAUGCAUGGUAUGCUGUAUGUGGCCUUUUCAAGAGUGAAACGACAAAGUUGUUUAAAAGUCCUUCUUCCCCGAGACAACGCAAAUUACACCCGGAACGUUGUGUGGAAGGAAGUGUUGAACUGAGAUAAAGGAGCCUGUUUGUACCGGAGAAUUGAUGUACUGGAUAGCAACUGGUAGUGGGAAGCAGAGAUGUGAGUCCUCAUUAGACAUUGCUAUGCUAGCACCGUGGCUUUGAACCAACGUUAGACUCUCUAUGACCAGCGUUUAUCUGACUCAAGGAAGAUUUGAUAAUGUACCUAAGGCGUGUCUAACUUCAAGAUCCACAGACCUAAUUGUUUAUGUUUUAUCUCUUUGGAUAUGACAUACUUUUAUUAUAAAACAAUAAUAAUCCACUCUAGCCCUACAAUUUAUGUCUGGGAGAAGUAGAGUUCUUUAGUGCUUGGAUAUGUUUACCAAAGAACAGUUUUAUUAGAUCAGAUAAAAAACAAAAAUAUGUGUUACAUUUCUACAAAAUCGAUGCAUUGAAACAAAUGGAGAUCAUAGAGAUCAAAAGUGAUCUAAUGAUAGUGAACAUUUGGUGAAACUUCUCAAAAUGUAUUUUGUUCAUGAAUCAAAUCUUUUUUGCACCAACAUUAUAUUUUUGUAUCAAUUUAUUUUUGUUCUCUAGGAAACUCUUGGGUAUUGUAGUAUUUGUUUAAUACUGCAGUUAAAUAUCCAUUUUUUUUCUAAUACCAUUAAAUUUAAGUAACUGAGUGUUAUGUACAAUUAAUAAAUUUAGAUAACCAAAUAUCAUGCAUGGUCAUUACAUUCAAGUAUCCAAGUUGUAUGUAUGGUCAUUACAUUUAUGUAACCAUGAAGUAUGUAUGGUCAUUACAAGUAUUAUCUAUUAUCAUUACAUUGAAGUAACCAAGUAUUAUGUAUUGUCAUUACAUUUAGGUAAAAAUGGUUUAUGUAUGAUUAUUACAUUUAUUAUAUGUUCUUUUUAAUAAUGCUAUGUAUCUCUUUGUGCCAUUAGUUCUUUUGCCUUCUUAGCCACAAAAAAAUGUUAUUUAUGAUAUUUGUUUGAAAGGCAUUGAUCAUACAUUGAUUGAUUUUUAUUAAGUAAGGGGAAUGAGAUAAAAGUCAAGCAAUCCAGUAGAUUGCUAGCAUUUCUAAGUAAAGUAAAGAAUUUUUUUUAAAAUAUAGAUAAACAAAAUUCUUUAGCUGUGCAAGUUCAGUUCUUUUUCUAGGCUUAUAUUCACUAUUACUAAAGGGCUAAAUUCUAAACAUUGUAUAAAGUAGUCAAAUGUGUGAGUAAUAUCAUUAGGACUUUUACACUAAUGUUUAAUGUAAUUGUACUUUAUAAAUUGAUGACUACAUAGCUCACAUUAUAUCUUGUUAGUGUGUCUGUCUCACAAUGAGAUGAAUGUGUGUAAGCAAGUUUCUAUACAAGUUUAUGUCUUGAAGUGAAAGUAAAAUGGUUGAAAUAAAAAUAUUCUAUUAAUAUUUAUAUUCAAUAUAUUAAACGUUCCUCAAUGAAUUAAAAUCAUUUAAGCUUUUAUACUAUACAAUUGCUCUUUUUUUUUUAUUUUGGUUACAUCUAAUGUUAUUUUUUUUUAAUUCUUCUUUAGUAACUAAAGGUUUUCACAUUAUAACUGCCAUUUGUUGUUUGUUUUUGGUUACACCUAAUGCCAUUUGAGAAAGAUUGUCUUUUAAUAUUAUUCAACAAAUAAUGGUGACCAAAAAGCUUCUUUUAAUUGAAGUUAGAAUUAUUUAAUUUCAUUUUCCUUUUAUUGCCAUCAAA